AUGAGACGUGGCUGCGAGUUGGGGAUAGGGUUUCUCUUUGGGGGCGUGGCUUAUGGAUCCUCGUUUUCCCGCCGACGGUUGGUCACGUCACGUGACAUGGGUUGGAAGAUGGCGUCUCCCACAGACGUUUGGGACCAUGGCAGCAAGAGAAGCGGGGGACGUUCUCGGCCCCUCGCCGCGAGAGUCGCGAGGAGAAUGAUACCAGGUGUUGCUGAAUUUGCAGCUUCCUUCAAAAGUCCUAUUACUAGUUCUCCGCCCAAAUGGAUGGCUGAGAUAGAACGUGAUGACAUCGACAUGUUGAAAGAACUGGGGAGUCUCACCACAGCUAAUUUGAUGGAGAAGGUACGAGGCCUACAGAACUUAGCCUAUCAGCUGGGGCUGGAUGAGUGGUGUCCCUCUGUCACCCAGGCUGGAGUGCAAUGGCGCAAUCUUGGCUCACUGCAACCUCUACCUCUCGGGCUCAAGCAAGUCCCCCACUUCAGCUUCCCAAGUAGCUGGGACCACAGCCAGAGAGAUGACACGGGGGAAAUUCCUCAAUAUUCUAGAGAAGCCCAAGAAGUAGCAGCUGCUUGUGGACAGGAUGUCCUGGGGUUCGAAACCAAGCUCCCUUCCCGGUGCACCUCUAACAAUGCACACCUCACUGCUUGCUUGGGAGAGACCAGAGGGUGUACCUCCAGGACUGCCCUCUCCCCUGUUCCUGGCACUCUACGCGUCUGAGGACAUUCAGCAGCAAGAGAAGAAUCUGCUCUACCCAAGGAUCAUUGCAGUUACUCAGUCAGCUUUCAGACUUGAACCUUCUUAGCCUCGGAUAUUGGUAACAGCUGAGGGCAUAUCAUUCUUAAAGGUCAAAGUCCUGCUUUCUCAUUUCUGGAAGUGAUUCAGGAGCCCCAGGAUCUUACGGUUGAUUUGACUCAGUCAUGGCAGUCAGUUGUGACAUGUUGAUUGGAUGGGUUCUUUUGAAUUGUUCUUGAUCUCUUAGGAAGUGUUUUUGAUGCAAGGAGACCAGAGACCAACUAGAUUCUGGACCAGACCAUGCAGCCUGAUCUGUGAACUCUCCAGUAUAUACUGAGUUCCCAGAAUCCCCAGCUGGAGAAACCAGAAUCUUCUUGAAAUGUACAUCUGUUUUUAAAACUUCUAUACCUCUUAUGAUAGUCCCAUUUGCUUUUCAUUCCUUACUUCCCAGCCCCACCUUCCAGUUCUGACUUCGGGCAAAGGGAUCCCUGAGUCCCUCCUGGAAUUAGCUUGUAUAGUGAAAGGCCCAUCCAAGGUUGCCUUGGGUUCUAGAUCUAAAGACCAAUGUGAAGGUGACAGAAAGGACUUUCAAGUUCUAAUUAAUCUGUUACAGAUUCAAGCAAGAAAGUCAGUGUAGCCUGAAAGACAAGAGAAACGGGAUGGUUUAUAGGAGUUCCCAUUUGGUUGAAAGCUGGAAGCCCUAAUUGACCUUAAAAGAAUGUGCUAUGGUAUGGUGGGAUUGUCCCCUCUGACAGCACGUAUGAGAUAGUUCAUCUAUAUAAUAGAAACACACACACACGAAAGAGAAUCUUCUGACUUAAAUACAACUUUCAUGGAGUUCUUCACCACUUAUCUGUCUCUGUUAAAAUCUGAAAAUCUAGCCCAUGGGUAAAAUCUAUUAUAUGUGUUCUCUAUAUUUCUCGUAUAAGCCAGCCCCCAUCAUCUGAUGUUUUGAGAAGUGCAUGGAGUUCCUAAACUUUGCACAAAAGAAUAUCCCGGGGCCGGGCGCGGUGGCUCACGCCUGUAAUCCCAGCACUUUGGGAGGCCGAGGCAAGCGGAUCAUGAAAUCAAGAGAUAGAGACCAUCCUGGCCAACAUGGUGAAAUCCCAUCUCUACUAAAAAUACAAAAAUUAGCUGGGCAUGGUGACACAGGCCUGUAGUCCCAGCUAUUCGGGAGGCUGAGGCAGGAGAAUUGCUUGAACCGAGGAGGCGGAGGUUGCAGUGAGCCAAGAUCGCGCCACUGCACUCCAGCCUGGGCGACAGAGCGAAACUCCAUCUCAAAAUAAAUAAAUAAGAAUAUCCUGGCCAGGCAACUCAUACCUGUAAUCCCAGCACUUUGGGAGGCUGAGGUGGGCAGAUCACUUGAAGUCAGGAGUUCCAGACCAGCCUGGCCAACAUGGUGAAACCCUGUCUCUACUAAAAAUACAAAAAUUAGCUGGGCGUGAUGGCGCAUGCCUAUAGUCUCGGCUACUUGGGGGCCUGAGGCACGAGAAUCGCUUGAAUCCGGGAGGUGGAGGUUGCCGUGAGCCAAAAUCAUGCCACUACACUCCAGCCUGGGCAACAGAGUGAGGCUCUGUCUCAAAAAAAAAAAAAGAAGAUCCCUGUGGCAAUAGUCUGAUGGUGUUUGGACACAAGAAAAGUUAUGGUCAAGUUUUGAGUCGUGAGUUUUUGCUAGGGCAUGGCACUCUUCAGUUUAAACGCUGAUCCAUUAACCAUUUUCUGACAUUUGUGCCUUGUUCUCAUGCUAGAAUUAACGCUGAAUUUUUCUCUCGUUUGGCCAUCCAUGUAGUUUUACUUAUUGAGAGGAAAAAAGACUGAACAUAAGAUAUGAAAGAUGAGUAUGAGAAGUAAAACAUUCUACUGGGGUGCUAUAUAGAAGGUUAGGUUGUAGGGGCUUUGAUUUUAAUUUAAACUCAUUAUCGAUGGAUAUUUCUGUAUCUCACUAAAUGCGGUUGAAGAGUUUGUGUGUGUAUGUGUGUAUGGCCAAAAAAUAGUGCCAUAAUGUCAGAUUCUUCCUUUGCUCUGUUUUUGAGAGUUGAUGACAUCAGGCACUUUUAAGUGUUUGGGGAAAUUGAUUGGGAUACCUCCCCCAAACCAACUCAAGUCUGUAACUGGAAGCCAGGUAGUUGGUUUUCUGGUCCGCUUUGGCCUCUUUCUUUUACCAUCAUCCUAUCCACCAGCACUUAAUGUAAGUAGAUGUUUUAGAAUUGCGAUAUUUAUUGGUUUUGUAUUUGUCAUCCUUAGAAAUGUUAAUGAUGUAUUUUUAUAUUGAUAAUAUAAAUUGAUGUACAGUGUGUGUGUGUAUGUAUUUCAGGAUGUUAAAGGAUUGUACUUUGUAUGUGAUGGUUUCUGUGUCUUCAUAAUAAAUGUGUCCCUUUUACA